UAGAGACACAACAGAUAUAGAUUCUCCUUCCCCUGUCUGGCUCCCAAUCUUAACCAGCAAGUUAGAUUAAUCAGCCUUAAUUCAUCACUGAAAUGAACCAUUUCACAAACUGUCCCGACCGCUUGUAUGGAAACUAAAGUCAUGCUCUUCAUACUAGGCCUAUGUUUGAUUAUUGAUGUGAGUGGAAUAUGCGAAAAGGGAUUUGUCUUUCAGAGUGAAGAAUGCGUAGAUAUAAAUGAGUGUGUGGAUGGAUCAAAUAAAUGCAACCUCAGUCAGACCUGUGAAAACACCCCUGGCUCUUACAAGUGUGUGUGCCUUGAGGGUUUUAGCCAGGGAUUUGGUGAACUGACCUGUGAAGAUGUGAAUGAAUGUCACACGUCUGAAGAUCCUGUCUGUGGUCUUAAGGGCAAGUGUUUCAACUCCAUAGGCAGCUACUACUGCAGAUGUGAUCUAGGAUAUGUAUCAAAUAAAACCUCAGAGUUUGCGAUUGUAACAGAUGAUCUCCAUUGCCAAGACAUAGAUGAGUGUAGGGACGGAGGUCAUGCCUGUGGCAAUCUGACCUGUGAGAACACACCUGGCUCUUACAAGUGUGUGUGCCGUGACGGUUUUAGGCAGGGAUCUGGUGAAUCUCCCUGUGAAGAUGUGAAUGAAUGCGAGUCUAGAGAUCCUGUCUGUGGUCUUAAGGCCACGUGUGUCAACACCAUAGGAAGCUACUACUGCAGAUGCAAUCCAGGAUAUGUAUCACAUAUAAAGAAGCUGUUCAUAACAGACAAUUUCUAUUGCCAAGACAUAGAUGAGUGUAGGGACGGAAGUCAUGCCUGUGGCUCCAGACAGAUCUGUGAAAACACACCUGGCUCUUACAAGUGUGUGUGCCGUGAUGGUUUUAGGCAGGGCUAUGGUGAAUGUGGCAUGGUCUGUGAAGAUGUGAAUGAGUGUGUGGCUAUUCCUCCAGUGUGUGGCACACUCGGCACCUGCACAAACACCCUAGGCAGCUACACCUGCACCUGCCCCGAAGGCUUCGGGAACCCCAACAAUAACAGCAGCAGAGCCCCUUGUGAAGAAUGGGGCAAUGUAUUGCAACAUAAAUGCAAGGAUGCUGAUAGUGUCUGUAAGCUGAACACCCUGCGGGAUCUGACAAGGAACUUGACCGGGUCUUCCAGAGUGUCGCCUCCCGGGUCUUCCAGAGUGUCGCCUCCUGUUUUGUUCCGCACACUGGACGCGCUGCUAGAAGCUCCCCCGGUGGGCCACGAGGACGCCGUGCUCCAGCUCACAGAGGCGCUGGUGCAGAACGUGGAGACCUCCACUGUCACCACGCAACACAGAGAACACAUCGCAAACAACAACACAGAGGUGGACAUCAUGCAUGUAGGACCGAAUACCUCCUUAACUGGGUCCGUGCAGCUGAAGACUGUUGAUGCUCUUCUUGAAAUUGAUCUUCCGGUGAUCGCACGAAACAAUGACGGUUCAGCAUCAGUGGUCCUCUUAACUUCUAACAGCAUGCACAACGUCUUCAACAACAGCCAUUUCCGUAAAAGAAAUGCUAAACGUACAUACAUGGGUGCCAAAGUAGUGUUAAUCAUCUUGCCCCAAGUAACGGUCAAGACGCUUCCCAAGCCGAUCAUGCUGACCUUUCAACACUUUAACGUCUCAGACCCAGCGGAUAAGCCUGCCUGUGUGUACUGGAGUGAGGGUGCUUGGGUCACGGACGGCUGUUCUGCCAGCGAGUCCAUGUCCAACUCCACACACACGGUGUGCUCCUGUACCCACCUGUCCACCUUCGCAAUGAUCAUGCAGACGAACCCAAACACUGAGAGUGAUCCCGUUGUAGAGGCGCUGAGUGCAGUUUUCGUGCUGAUCGGCCUCGUCUUCCUGACCCUAGCCUUGUUGACCUUUGCCCUCUGUCGGCGCAACUCCCGAGUGACCAACGUGGCGCGGCUCAACCUCUCCGUGUGCCUGCUGCUGGCUCACGCCCUCUUCCUCCUCACUCAGACGGCCCUGCGCCUCAUCCAGCCACACAGGGUGCUGUGCAAGCUGCUGGCCGGCGUGCUUCACUUCCUGUUCCUGUGUUGUUUCGUGUGGAUGUCCGCCGAGGCCGUGCUGCUCUUCCUGUCCGUCCGCAAGCUGCGGCAGAUCAAGGCCAAGGACCGCACGGGCCCGCACUGGCGAUACAAGCUUCUGAUUGGCUAUGGGAUCCCACUGGUCAUCGUGGCCGUGGCGGCGAUAGCUGUGCCUGACGGACAUGGAAGUGAGAAGUGCUGGCUGGUGACAGAGAAAGGAUUCAACUGGAGUUUUCUCGGUCCUGUCUGCUUAAUCCUCACUGGAAAUAUCAUACUGUUCAUCAUCAUCUUCAUCACCAUCCACACUACACUGAGGGCGGCCCGCAGCGAAGCCUCUAAGGUCAAGUACACCAGACUCCUCCUGUUCAAAAUCAUGGCCCAGUGCGUGAUCCUCGGCUGCCCCUGGAUAUUUCUAAUGGCGUCAGAGGAGAGUAGAGUGCUGGAGCUCAUCUUCGUCUUCCUCACCUCCCAGCAAGGAACCGUCAUCUUCCUCAUCCACUGUCUACUCAACGACGAGGUGCGCAAGCAGUACGCCAAAUGGUGGAAGAAAUACGGCCUGAGCAGCAAGUUCCCAGACACCUCAGCCUCUCUCGCCCUCUCAACGACUCGGCACAGCAGCAACUCACAGACCGGAGACACGACUCUGCACACCGCCCAGCAGACCGAGGCCGAGCCCGACAAGGAGGAUUAGAGUGUGGCCAAGGACCGCACGGGCCCGCACGGGCGACACAAGCUUCUGACUGGCCAUGGGAUCCCCACUGGUCAUCCAAACUGUUUUUUUUUUGUCAAAUUCAGCAAAAAUGCUCCAUACUUUUCCGAGCUUUCUAUAUUUUGAGUGUUCUAAAAAUGAUUUGUAUCAGCUCUGGAACUGUAAAUGGGAACCAAUCAUUGUGGCGUGGAAUAAGCUGUGAGUACUUCCAGUGCAUCUUGAGCAAACCAUUUCCUUGGCAGUUAAGCCCAAAGUAACUUAGAAUUCAAUUGGUGAUUCAAUUGUGGCAAACAUAGACAACAUAAUAAUAAUAAUAAUAAUAAUAAUAAUAAUAAUAACAACAACAAACUAAAUUAGAAUCUGAUUUUGUGAAUAAAAUAUAUUGUAUAAUAAGAUGCAAAUUUGACCUUUAAAGUCCAAUGUGUUGAUAGCUUGAUUCUUAGAAAUGUGAAAUGUAAUAUAAAAUAUUGCACAGUAACAGAGUAAACGUCUGUCUUUUAUUUCCAUCUUUUGUUUUUGAAAACGUCAGAUAUGUUUUAUGAUAUGAUAUGUAUUAG